CCGUGGCCUUUUUCCUCCUAUUGAAACGAGCUAUAAAAGUGACAAACUAACAGUCCUACCGCGGUAUUCGCGAGGCGCCGAUCGCCUUCAAUCUUUCUUUCUUCAAUACUUUAAUUCUUCUUUCCUCAGCUGAACCUCAGAAGUCAGACGUUCCUUCUCUAGUCCUAUCAACACGACGCGACAUAUCAGUCGAAUUAAGUGUCAAAUCGACGUUCAUCAUCCUUGUACCAACUCGGUCAUUAGGUCAACCUUUUAACAUUCAUUGACGGGAUGUUUCACGGGAUUGGACCACAGCAUUGUUAAUUUAUUAUUAUUAUUAUUAUUAUUAUUAUUAUUAUUAUUCAGACAAACUUUCCUCAAGCCAUUCACCCCUAAUUAACCACUCAGGACGUCGCGACAAUUUUCGAGUAUCAAGAAUACUUUCCUGGUGCAGCAAGUAUUUCGUCCCAGAUUUUUAAGUUUGAGAAUCAACGCGAGGAUAACAUUGAAUUUUUUGCAACACCAUUGCAAAUAUAUUAUCAAGCCAACUAACAAUCCAUAAAUCAAUGCAGUAUGAAAUCUUUAAUAACAAAUGAUACCAAUUCGCGUAAAAUUAUUCCGUUUUAAUUUUUAUUACUUCAGUUAAUAGAAAGCUAACUAUUGGAUCCAAUCAUUUCUGGAAUCUCUUGAAUGUCUACACAGUGAAAAAAUUCUUGUACCCGCAUUUGAUUAAUCCACAUAAUUUAAAAUUAAUUUCGGUUCCUUUAUAUUAAAUUAUUCUAUCUAUUUGUUAUCACAUGACAAUGAAGGGCUCAAUAUUUCUGCUGUACUUCGCAGUACUUUUGCACGAAUCCUGGCAAUUACAACCUGGCGACAAUGAAGAUAUGUCCUUUUGGCUAAAAUCUGGCCAAGAAAACCUGCAAAGGGUAUUAUCUAUGCGGAACAUCGAGAAAAAAGCAAAAAACAUUAUCAUCUUUAUUGGCGAUGGGAUGGGAUUAUCAACAAUAACUGCAGGAAGAAUUUUCAAGGGUCAGAGAAAGGGUUAUCACGGGGAAGAAUACAAACUCAACUUUGAAACUUUUCCCAACACUGGCCUUGUAAAGACUUAUAACAUUGAUAGACAAGUCCCUGAUUCUGCUGGAACUGCAACGGCUAUAUUUUCCGGGGUCAAAAGCCGAUAUAAAAUGUUGGGGCUGGAUGCAAAAGCAAGUGUUGACACUUGCGAUGAAAGUACUAAUAAAUUGGCCAAAUUACAAACAGUUGCUGAUUGGGCUCAAGAAUCUGGAUUGGACACAGGAUUCGUAACAACUACUCGUGUUACACAUGCAACUCCCGGUGCUCUUUAUGCUCAUAUUAACAACAGGGAUUGGGAAUGUGAAACUGCAAUUCCCAGGGAACACAGAAAAUGUGUAAAAGAUAUUGCGAGACAACUAAUUGAAGAUGCACCAGGAAAGAAUUUCAAGGUAAUAAUGGGUGGUGGAGGACAAUGUUUAGGAAUUCCUUCUGAAAAAAUAGCUGACGACUUAUGUGUAAGGAGUGAUGGACGUAAUUUAGCAAAUAUGUGGCAUCAGAAUAAUCCUGGUAGCAAAGUUGUUACCAAUGUUGAAGACCUGAUGUCUAUUGAUAUAGCAAAUACUUCAAAAAUUAUGGGCAUUUUUGGAAGAAGUCAUGUUCCAUACAGUGCUGUUAAAACCAAAGAAAUUCCUUCCCUCGCUAAUAUGACAUUGCAAGCCAUAAGGCUCCUGAAGAAAAAUAAAAACGGAUUUCUAUUACUGGUCGAGGGUGGUAAAAUAGAUAUAGCACAUCACAGUAACUUCGCCAGAAUGGCUUUGACUGAAUUGUCAGAUUUCGAAGAUGCAAUCGAGGUUGCUCUUCGAGAAGUAAAAAGAGAAGAAACUUUAAUAAUCGUUACUGCUGAUCAUUCUCAUGCUUUUACUUUAAACGGUUAUCCACAAAGAGGAGCUGAUAUUUUAGGUUUUGCAAAUCAGACCAAAGAUACUACACCAUACGAAACGCUGAGUUAUGCCAAUGGACCUGGAUUCUUGUACCACAAGCUAAACGAAUCCACAAAUAUUAAUCAAACAUGGCGACCUGUUGAGGAAGAUAAAACAAGAAAUAAUCCAUUUUAUCAGCACUUUGCUGGAAAAUAUUUGAAGGAUGAGACCCACGGUGGAGAGGAUGUUGGCCUUUAUGCAAUAGGACCAUAUUCUCAUCUGUUUCGAGGAACAUUCGAACAGAAUUAUAUCGCACAUGCUGUGGCUUAUGCAGCCUGCUUGAAAGACUGGCCUUCACAUUGUGAUGAAGCGUACAGCAGAUACUACUACGAAAUAGCACAAUCAUCAGGAAUCACAGCAUCAUCAAAUACGAUCCUUGUAAUUUUUAGUACUUUAUUGAUUUCGAGGUUCAUAUAGGGAAAUUAUUCAAAAAGUGAUAUAUUUAUUCUGAUAUUUGAAGGUCGGAUUUCGGAAAACUUAAGAAAACAUCAUCUUUGAAUGAUGUAUUAUAGGUAUAAUUGUUUUUUACAAGGAUGAUUGAUGAAUGUUGUUACUCGUAGCAGAAAACCGUGUACAGAAGUAUUUAUAUAAUAAUUUAUGAAUAACACUUGUUUGAGACGACUUCAAUCAAUGUCUUCUUGGCAAAUUUAUGGGCCAGGUGUAAUUUUUUCUUCAAACAAAAUGCAUUUCUUGAAGAGUUGGAACUGCUUAAAUCUUAAAAGGAAAAAAGAGAUAAAUUUUAUGGACUGCAAAAUAAUUUUUUAAAGAAUUACUCAAAAAAUGUUUUAUUUGGUUUAGAUUUUAUUGUUAAAAAACAUCAUUGUUACAAAAAAGUGACGCUCAAAUGUAAAUAUGAAAUGUGAUAUUUCUCAAUUGUGUAUACGUAAUUGUGGGAUUCAAAAACUUUGCCAGCAGUAUUACAAUAAUCUGUUCUGCAUUCAAAUUAUGAUGCAGUUAUACAGUGUCAAAAGGACGUAAUAUUUUAAUAAUAAUA